AUGGUGUUGGAUGACGAAGAUGAAGGUGAGAAGUUUGAGUUUGACGACAGUGGUGAUGAAGCCCCCGAGGCAGAUCGGCCUCCCCCUGAACCUGAGGGAGUCUUCUUGCCUCCACCCUGCUCAUCAGCAGCCGGGGACGCACCCGUAAAUGGAACAAGUCCAAACCAAAAGAACUUGCUCACCGCAGAAGCUGAUCUGCCCCCUCUGCCUCAGGACUGCCCCGCUAAUAACAGCCCUUUGGCUCAUGCACCCUUCCCACAGUGUGAUUUGCCUCCUCCUCCUCCCCACAUAGAGCCCUGUCAGAAUACAGGGGAACACCAGGACAGACACCUUCCUCCAUCAGCAGAGGGCGCUACAGGAGGCGCUGUUGACAGCAAGCAGGACGUGAACAGAGGUGCCGGUGUGGUUACCACCUCUGCGUCCAACUCCAAGCUCAAAGUCAGCCCCUACUCUGUGAUUGACAUCGCCCCUAUCCAACAGCAGCUGCUGUCAGAGCAGAGCGGCCCUUCUUCCUCUCCCACAGCCAAUGAGAGUGAAAGAGACAUUCAGGAUGUACCUAUUAGCCCUGGGUUGCCCUCUGGGUAUUCAGUGCCAGUGCCCUGUGGUUAUGCAACGCCCUCAAAUGUGCCGGUGAUCCCACCAACCUACACCACUCCAGUUAUCAUCCGACACUUCUCUAUGGAUGAAGAUGUGACUGUGGUGGGUGCAGGAAAUACUCCAGUGGACAGUGUGUUCAGUGAAGAGUGUCCAGUCAUCAGAGAGGAAGAUGCUCUUACUAAGUGGGUGUCAGACCCAGCAAACACGGCCUGGAUGGAUAGUCCCGAUGAAGUGAUUUAUGAUGACGUACCGAGAGAGAACUCUGGAUCAACUACAGACCCAGAUGAGAUGAUCUAUGAUGAUGUUGAGUUUGGGGAAGAGGGCUGCAGCAGCUCUCUGGACAAUGGCUGGAGCUCCAGUGAGUUUGAGAGCUACGAGGAAGCCAGUGACACAGAGAAUGGACAUGGAGAGAACGGCCUCCCGGAUGCCUUUGUCAGGGGCCGUGCACCCAGCAAGAAAACACAUCUGUCUGAAGAUCUGGCGCGUUUGAAAGAGCACUAUGAGAGAAAGAUGCGAGAUCUCAUGGCAAACACAGUGGGGACAGUAGAGCUACAGCAGCUCAAACACAAACAUGAGCAAAAGAUGCAGCGGCUCGUAAAAGCAGCCAAAGACGGGACUAAAGAUGGUCUGCAGAAAACCAAAGCCGCGGUGAGAAAGGGACGAUCUUUCAUCCGCACCAGAUCUCUCUGUCAAGAGAAGAAACCCAGCUGCUUUGAUGAAGAGUCCGAUCUGUUCAUCGAGGUGGAGUGUUUUAAUGUGGACCCAGUGCUGGGACCUGCACCUGUUGGGCUCUCUCAACAUCAGAUUGUCCGACGCCAUAUUUUGGGUUCCAUUGUGCAGAGUGAGAGGAGUUACCUGGACUCUCUUAAACGGAUCCUACAGGAAUACCAGCGACCUCUGAUGGAGGCUGAGCCUCGAAUCCUCAGUGUCCGAAAAAUCCGGCCCAUUUUUUUCCGUCUGCGGGAGAUCAUGCAGUGCCACUCCAUGUUCCAGAUUGCCCUGGCAUCUCGGGUGGCCGAAUGGGACUCUUGUGAAAAGAUUGGGGACCUGUUUGUAGCUUCAUUCUCGAAAUCUAUGGUGCUGGACGUGUAUAGCGAUUACGUCAAUAAUUUCACCAAUGCCAUGGCCCUCAUUAAGAAAGCCUGCAUGUCUAAACCAGCAUUUCUGGAGUUUCUCAAGGACAUGCUGAAGAACACUCCCACCGGCCAUGUGGACAGGCUGCCUUUGCAGUUGGCUCUGACUGAAUUGGAAACCCUAGCUGAGAAACUCAAUGAGCAGAAAAGGGUGGCUGAUCAGAUCACUGAGACACAGCAGCUGGCUCGCUGUGUCAGUGACCGCUCUCUCAGCAAGCUGCUGAACUCCGAGCAGAGCUCUUUGAUCCUUUGCGAGACGCUGAUUGAGACGGUGUACGGCGAACGAGGACAGGUCCUCAAGUCUAAGGAGAGAAAAGUCUUUCUCUUCGGUGACAUGCUCAUCUGUGCCAACAUCAAUGUCAAGGGCCCCCCUGACAUCAGCAGUCUGGUUCCGGUAGGUCCCAAGUACACCCUGAAGUGGAGCGCCCCCUUGCAGCAGGUCCAGGUAGUUGAAGUGGGUCAAGAGGGCUCCCAGACCAAGGACACGCUCUAUCAGCUGGGAGGACUCAAGCGCUCGGGCGGCUCUUCGGGAUCGGGAAGUAUCUUUCUGGGUCCGCCCCGUCUGUAUCAGGAGCUGCAGGAGUUACAGCAUGACCUCUCAGUGGUGGAGCAGGUCACUCUGCUUGUGGGAACUUUACAGGGAACGUACCAGAAUCUGAACACCGCAGUAGCACAGGACUGGUGUUUAGCACUGCAAAGGCUGAUCCGCAUCAAGGAAGACCAAAUUCAGAGUGCCAACAAGUGCCGUUUACGAUUGCAAGUCCCUGGCAGACCAGACAAGUCUGGUCGUCCUGUGAGCUUCACUGUGGUCUUCAACACACCAAGCCCCGUCAGCAAGAUCUCCUGGGUUAACAGGCUCCACUUAGGAAAAAUAGCACUGAGUAAGUUUGAAUUUUAUCCUCAUGACUAG